GCUGUGAGAGGCCGGUGCGAGCCGCACUCGCGGGACCCUCGGCGGUUCAGGCGUCCAAGCGGGCUGAGCAGGCGUUGGCCGCGGACAUGACGCCUGAGGACCAGGAGGAGGCCCAGCCGCUGCUGGGGCCGCCGGGCGGCAGCGCUCCCCGCGGCCGCCGUGUCUUCCUCGCCGCCUUCGCCGCUGCCCUGGGCCCGCUCAGCUUCGGCUUCGCGCUCGGCUACAGCUCCCCGGCCAUCCCGAGCCUGCAGCGCGCCGCGCCCCCGGCCCCUCGCCUGGACGACAGUGCCGCCUCCUGGUUCGGGGCCAUCGUGACCCUGGGCGCCGCGGCGGGGGGCGUGCUGGGCGGCUGGCUCGUGGACUGCGCCGGGCGCAAGCUGAGCCUCCUGCUCUGCACUGUGCCCUUCGUGGCCGGCUUUGCCGUCAUCACCGCGGCCCAGAACGUGUGGAUGCUACUCGGGGGCCGCCUCCUCACCGGCCUGGCCUGUGGCGUUGCCUCGCUAGUGGCCCCGGUCUAUAUCUCUGAAAUUGCCUACCCAGCAGUCCGGGGGAUGCUCGGCUCCUGCGUGCAGCUGAUGGUCGUCACAGGCAUCCUCCUGGCCUACCUGGCAGGCUGGGUCCUGGAGUGGCGCUGGCUGGCCGUGCUGGGCUGUGUGCCCCCCUCCCUCAUGCUGCUGCUCAUGUGCUGGAUGCCCGAGACCCCCCGCUUCCUGCUGACUCGGCACAGGCACCAGGAGGCCGUGGCUGCCCUGCAGUUCCUGUGGGGCUCUGAGCAGGGCUGGGAAGAGCCCCCUGUCGGGGAGCACCAGCAGGGCUUCCACCUGGCCCUGCUGAGGCAGCCUGGCGUCUACAAGCCCUUCAUCAUCGGCAUCUCACUGAUGGCCUUCCAGCAGCUGUCGGGGGUCAACGCUGUCAUGUUCUAUGCAGAGACUAUCUUUGAGAAGGCCAAGUUCAAGGACAGCAGCCUGGCCUCAGUCGUCGUGGGUGUCAUCCAGGUCCUGUUUACAGCUGUGGCCGCCCUCAUCAUGGACAGGGCAGGGCGGAAGCUGCUCCUGGUCUUGUCAGGCGUGGUCAUGGUGUUCAGCACAAGUGCCUUCGGCGCCUACUUCAAGCUGACCGAGGGUGGCCCCAGCAACUCCUCACACGUGGCUUUCUUGGCGCCUGUCUACACGGAGUCCAUCAACGCCAGCGUGGGGCUGGCCUGGUUGGCUGUGGGCAGCAUGUGCCUCUUCAUUGCCGGCUUCGCUAUGGGCUGGGGGCCCAUCCCCUGGCUCCUCAUGUCAGAGAUCUUCCCUCUGCACGUCAAGGGCGUGGCUACGGGCGUCUGUGUCCUCACCAACUGGCUCAUGGCCUUCCUGGUGACAAAAGAGUUCAGCAGCCUCAUGGACGUCCUCAGGCCCUACGGAGCCUUCUGGCUCACUUCUGCCUUCUGCAUCCUCAGCGUCCUUUUCAGCUUGUUUUGUGUCCCUGAAACCAAAGGAAAGACUUUGGAACAAAUCACAGCCCAUUUUGAGGGGCGAUGACAGCCCCUUUCUGGGAGUCUCUACCUCUCCCAGCUGGGCCAGCGCUGGGCUUCAGAGGGGAUGGAGCAGCCUGCGACGCUGAACUGGGCCCAGGCCUGGAGCCCCCACCCAGGGGAGCUGGGAUCCAAGACCACAGCCCCUCGGAGCCUUGGCCUCUGGGGUCCCUCCUUCCUGUCCCCCUCUCUGCAGCCCACUCCCAGGGCUACAAGGUUGCCAGCCUCCAGGUCCAGUGCCUACUGCUGCUCUGCAGACUCGGGAACAUCUUGGAGGAGCUUUGUGGCCCUGUGGUCAGCCUUGCACACUCUGUCUCCUUCGUGACACUGAAGCAGCCGAAGAGGAGGAGGGCUCCUUGGCCUCUCACUUUCUGGCUGGAGAUGCUCUUGGAGGUUGGGUGCUGGCACCUGUUUGCUCCUGUCACGUGGCUGCAUUAUCAGAAGGAACUUUGUUUGCCAAAUAAAGCUCUUGA